AUGAAGAGAGGGUAUAGCCUACCAGAGUUUAAAAUUUUGGGCAACCUUAUAGAGAUAAAAGACAAUAUCACAUACCUAGGAGUGGUACUCCAUAAAGUGCUCGGCUUCAAGGCGCACGUGAAGGCGGCGGCGGGCAAAGCACAGGCAACGUCAACUGCCUUAUCAAGACUUAUGCCUAAUGUUGGAGGCUCGGAUCAGAGGAAGAGGGCCUUACUCUCCACGGUGGUGACGAGCAAGGUCUUAUACGCUUCGCCAAUAUGGGCCGUGGCGCUGGUGUUUAGAGGUAAUGUAGAAACCUUGGAAAGGCCUCAGAGGGCGAUAGCCUUAAGGGUUGCAACGGCAUAUCACACAGUAUCGACGGCUGCGGUAUUGGUGAUAGCGGGACUGAUACCGGCCCACCUGCCAGCAUGGGAGAGGAUGGAGAUGUACAGGCGCAGGCACGAACCGGACGGGAGACGCGUGUCAACCGAGACCCGAGCAGCAGUAAUGGAGAAAUGGCAGAUCGUAUGGACAAGUGGAGAAAGCGGAAGAUGGAAACAAAGACUCAUCAACGACGUCAUCGCAUGGAGGAGCAGGAAGCACGGAGUGGUGGACUUCCAUUUGACUCAGUUCUUGUUUAACCAUGGGUGUUUCGGGCAGUACCUUCAACGGUUCGGGGUUCGGGAAGAUUGA